CCUGAUUGACAAGGCUGUCGUGUUAUGACGACCCCCAACAAAGGAAGCAAGGCCUUGAAGGUGAAGCGAGAGCCAGGCGAGAAUGGGACCAGCUUGACAGACGAGGAGCUGGUGACCAUGUCUGUGCGGGAGCUGAACCAGCAUCUACGGGGCCUGUCGAAGGAGGAGAUCAUCCAGCUGAAGCAGCGUCGGCGUACGCUGAAGAACCGGGGCUACGCAGCCAGCUGCAGAGUUAAGCGUGUUACCCAGAAGGAGGAACUGGAGAAGCAGAAGGCAGAGCUGCAGCAAGAAGUGGAGAAGCUGGCCUCCGAGAACGCCAGCAUGAAAAUGGAACUCGAUGCUCUCCGCUCCAAAUACGAGGCUCUCCAGAACUUCGCCAGAACCGUGGCUCGGAGCCCCGGGGCCCCUGCGCGGGGGCCUCUCCCCUCCAGUAUGGGGCCCCUCGUCCCUGGCAAGGUCGCUGCUACCAGUGUCAUCACAAUAGUGAAAUCCAAAACGGACGCCCGGUCUUAGUGAAGCGCGUGUUGCCUGAGCUUGUCUGUGCAGGGCAAUUAGGCACAAAACCAGCCUGGAAUCCCCAAAGCACAAACCCUCCCCGCAUGGGUCUGGGUUCCUUCUGCUUGGCCCAGGACUGGCCUGCUGAUCACUCCAGUUUUGUUUUGUUGUGUCCAGAUUGGUAUGAGCAGUGGUGAUGCGUCCCUUGUCCUGUGCAGACAGAGCCUCCCACCCAGCAGUCUGUAGCCCUGGGGCGCCCUCGGGACAGACUGCGAGAUCUUGGUUUUCUGGCCAAAGAAAGCCUGCGCAGUGUGGCCGAUGGCAGGGCGACGGAAGGGCUUGGGGAAGGUCCGGAGGGGGGCUUUCUUCCUGGGGGUCGGGAACCCUAAUUUUCGGUCGUUUCCAAAGGCUUUGUUUCAUUGCUCUUCCAGGUGGUGCAUCGCGGCGCCCGACUGCCAGGUGCCUGAUCCUGCUGCUUUUGUCUCAUUCGGUACCCGUAGUUGCAGUUGGGGUGUUCUGUGUAAUAGGUUUUUAUUCCUUUCUAGGUGUGCCUCCGUGCCCCAGCAGUGGGUUUCCUGCAGACGUCUGUUGCGUUAGCUGUGUGAACUAGCAGUGGUGGGAAGGAAGAUGCUGUCGUGCCCCGCUGCCUCUGCCCCCGCGGUGGGGACGGAGCUGGGACAGGGUCCCCGCAGAGGCCCGGCGCUCCGGGGGAGGGAGGGAAGGUACCGUGUUGACUGCAGGCCGGUUUUGUGCCUAAUGUGUUGCACUGAACAAGACCAAAAUCACUAGGUGUUCCCGUGUUUUGAGGGUAUCAAGUGUCUCUGGUGUGACAGUUUACACAACUAGUUUAUGUGGUUAAAUAGCCCUUUAUUUAAAGAGAGAAACAUCAUUUUAAGAGUUAUUAAAUUAUCUAAGUUUAAAAUUAAAAUCAGACAGAAGAGAGAGCGUAUUUAUAGUCAGCUUUUUUAUCCGAGAGGGCGAGAAUAUUUGACCAUUUAAAUGGGGAAAUAUUCUCAGAGACUUUGCUAGUUAAAAGUUAAUAAAUAAAUAAUUUUAAAGUUUCUCAUGAACCUCCCGCAAACUGUUUGUGGCUCUGAGGUUAGUUUUUAUAAAGAGUUAUCAGACUUUAUUUAUAAAACUUAGAAAAAGACAAAAAAAGAGGCAA